CGCACCUUGCCUUGGCGCACGUGCAAUCAACAACCUAAUAAACACAACUUAGAGGUUGUUGUAUGCACAGGAGAGCCGAAUCGAAAUCGAAGUUCGAACGAAGUCGAUAUCGAGUCGUGACAUUUGAAUUCCGCGCGUGAAUUUUUGGCGGGAUUUAGUUGUGUUGCUCAAGAUAAGAAUUGGUGAUUUUAUACGCAGUCUGUGAAUAAUCCACGAUGUUUCACGGAGGCUUGCUGUCGAAAUUAAAGGCGUACUACAAGUGGUACGUGCUCGGGCUAGUGUCAGUCGGCUACAUUUUGGGAGAGCUGGGACAUUAUCUUAUAGGAACAACAUCAAAAGUAACUGCAGAAGUCUUGCACUAUGGUGACAAGUCAUGUCAGUUGAACGCAACACAUUUGCACCUCAGUCAGUUGCCAGUUAUCUGCGAGAAAGUCAACUCUAGCGAAAUAUGCGAAACCUUAACCCUAAACGGCACGCGGUACUGCGAGUGGGGCUACAACGGCCUCGGGAUCGACUACCAGGUGCUCGCCGGGCCCGCCUUUAUGGCCGUGUUCACUGUGGUCGGCGUGGUGCUAGGAGUCGUGGCUGAUAAAUACAACCGUGCCCGGAUCUUAUCCUUCUGUACCCUAGUAUUCGUGAUCGCGAUCCUCUUGAUGGGCACCGUCUCUGAGUACUGGCAUCUCGUGAUACUCCGCAUGAUAAUGGCGGCGGGAGAAUCAGGAUGCAAUCCUCUAGCCACGGGCAUCCUCACAGAUCUGUUCCCGGAACAUCAAAGAGCGCUAGUACUGUCGAUAUUCAACUGGGGGAUCUAUGGGGGAUACGGGAUCGCGUUCCCGGUUGGCAGAUACGUUCCCGAUUUGAACGCUUGGGGAUUGAGUUGGAGGCUCUGUUACUACAGCGCUGGUAUCGUGGGCGUGGUGAUAGCGGCCCUCACCUUCCUCACCCUCCGCGAGCCGGAGAGGACCACCAUUGGGGAGGAAGGAACAGGCAAUGCUAAAUCCGACAGCUUGGAGUCUGGCAAAAAGAUGCCGCAAGUGACAAUCUGGCACGUGAUUGUUCAGCCCAGAAUAAUUCUUCUGUGUCUGGCUGCUUCUAUCAGACAUUGUGGUGGUAUGUGUUUCGCGUACAACGCGGACCUGUACUACCGCGACUACUUCCCGGACGUGGACCUGGGCUGGUGGCUGUUCGCUGUCACUGUUGGGAUUGGCUCCAUUGGUGUUGUUGCUGGCGGUGUUGUUUCGGAUAAAUUCGUAUCCCGCAUGGGCGUCCGUUCCCGCGUGUUAGUGCUCGCGCUGUCGCAGCUCAUCGCAACACUUCCCGCGUUCGGUUCUGUUGUCUUUGGUCCACUCUGGGCUAUGAUCACAUUGGCCUUCUCCUAUUUCUUUGCUGAAAUGUGGUUCGGUAUUCUAUUCGCGAUCCUCGUGGAGAUAGUACCAUUGUCGGUUCGUUCAACAACCGUGGGCGUGUUUCUGUUCGUCAUGAACAAUGUUGGCGGGAACUUGCCCAUAUUGGUGGACCCGGUGUCAAAGGCCAUAGGCUAUAGAGAGGCGAUCAUGAUCUUCUACGCGGGAUUCUAUGCCAUAAGUGCUAUUCUAUUCUUCUUAACAAUGUUCUUCAUGGACGGACCUGUAGAGAAGGAAGAAGACAACAAAACAGACGGUCAAGACAACAGAGCUUACAUUCACGACGAAACCCGCAACAGGCCGACCGCGACAGUGCAAAACGCGCGAUUGUAGAAAAUAAAAUUAUAAUAUGGCAAUCAAUAUUCUUGCCAGACAAAUAAAUCGACUGAUAUGAGGUUGCUUCUACCGUUGUGGAGAUUAUCUGUGUGAUAUCGUUUAUCUGUGGACGUUCAGUUUGACAGCUGUCAUGACAUGGCGCGUAUUUUAAAUUGAAAGUUCGUAAUCUGUAAAAGAUUUCAAUUUUCAAACGAAAUAAUUGUAGUCUUUCAAAGGAAAUGAAUACGAAGUGAUAUUACACCGUUCCUUUAUUUAAUUUAUAAGAUUUAGGUUAACUAGUAUUUAAUGUUCAAUGUUGUUAUAGUUUUAGUUGUUUAUAUUUAUUCCAAAAUUUUAGUGUUGUUCGAAUCACAUAUAUAUUGUUCAGGGGCUUAUAUAUAGAUCUGAGAAUAAUGGAUUAGUCUCAACUUAAACAUGUGUCGCCUAGUAAAUUUAGUAUUUAAAUAGGAUAUUCCUUGAAUUAAAUAUAAAGCCCCAAAACCCAAAUGUGUAACUAACAAAAUGCCCUCUUUUAUUUCCAAAAACCAUAACUAAAAUCUUGAAGAAAAUCAAUUAAAGUGCCAAUAAUAUUGUUUCCAAAUCGUAAUUAAUUGUUAAAAUUAAUUUAUAGGUACCUAAUUCAUAUAAAUGAGUAUUGAGUAACCCUACAUCUUCCAGUGAGUACAUUUAGCUAUUUAAAAUUUUCUCACCAAAGAAUCUAAAUUUUCAAUUUCCAACCAAAACAAUCUGGAAACACUGAUAUGAUUUUUUUUACUUCAGAUUUUCAUAAAACAAAAUAUUACAAU